AUACAUAUAUAAAUAAAAAUAAAUAUAUACAUAUAUACAUAUAUAUACAUAUAUAUAUAUAUAUAUAUAUAUAUAUAUAUAUAUAUAUGUAUAUGUAUAUAUAUAUAUAUAAUUCUAACUAUAUUUUCGAUGACUAGGUAAACGCGUGCAACUUGAUUUCUGUUACCAUAAAAUGUAUAUACUGCAAGUCUCCUUCUAGUUAGUUGUAUAUUCAUCAUAAUAUUAAAAUACACACACGAACAUUAUACUACGGCAUUAAAACGAAAUGAUUAUAGGAAGAAAACAAGUUGUAUUCGAAUUUACUUUAUAUUGUGUAUUUAUAAUAUUUAUUACGUUUUUCAUAUGUUGAUGUAAUAAAGUUCAAGUAUACUUUACAAUUACCUCCAUUUGUAUUCAAUAUUGUUGAAUCUUUAUAUAUAUAUAUAUAUAUAUUUUCUUGUAAUUGGCUUUUCUUCCUUAUGAAUUUUUCAAUUUCAAUAGUUAUAAAUUAUUUUGUGAGGUAGAAUGAUAUAAAAAUGACAUGAAGAUUGGCCGAAAAUUUUAUAAAUGUUUUUAUAUAACGAUUUAAGUACAGAUAGAAAAGAAAGAUAGCAUAAAACAUAAAAUAUGUACGUAAGUAUGUAUGAUGCGAAUACAUGGAAAACGGAUAGAACGUUUUUAAGGCUGUUCAUAAUCUUUAGUUUUAUAAUGAUUUGCGACAAUAACGAAUACGGGUGUAAUUAUAGGAUGACGUUGAUGAAAAAAAGGUUUCAAUUUAAGGAUGAUGGUUUUUAGCGAAAACAUGUCUUUUAUAGAAUUUUUAUAAAAGCUUUAUUGUCUUUCGAAAACAAAACAGAAAGAAAUUCGUCUUAAAAAAAUGACACUUCUUUCGAAAAUAAUUCAUAAGUAAAAAUAAAGCUUUUCAGAAAGAUUCGGAAAAAAGUCAUAUUCUCGUUUAAAUCGUUAUCUUUAAAACGAGAUCUUGCUCAUAAAAAUCAAUCAAGAAAUUAACCCUUGACUCGUUGUUAUGCGUAAAUUCUCUUUUCAAUAUUUUUCAUGAAGGAAAGCGUUUUAUAUGAAGUGGCGCCUCUUGAAUUUUACGAUAAAAGAGAAGAAGCUCGCAUCCAUUACUGAUUUUCAUAUAAACAUUUUGUUUCUUUGUUUGUUAUGUAUGCGUAAACAAACGUUUAGAUUUUUUGAUCCAUUUUAAUAAUAUUAAAGUGUAUAUGUAAGAGCAUAAGUAUAAUUAAUAUUUAAAUUAACGAUCAUAUAAUAGUUUAAACAUUACAAAGCUAAUAAUUUCCACCCGUUUAAUUAAAUAAUUUCAUAAUUUAAUUUUAUACAUACGCGCGCGGUUACUGGAUGUAAAUUUUCUAAUUAAUUAAUUAUUUUUGUUAAUUUAUUAAUUAUUAAUUAAUUGUUCAAAUUAAUUUUGCAUGUAAGCGCUAUUAACAAAACAAAUAUAGCCAAUAAUUUUGAGUUUCAGAGUUUAAUUAUCUUUUUUUCGUAUUUCGAUUAGUAAACGUGUCAGCUCUCUUUUUCUCGAUAUAAGCAUUAUAAUGAAUUUAUAUUAAUCAUUUAUAAUAAUCAAGUCUGUACAUUUGUUUAAAUACUACAUAGUCCCGUAACACGCUAUAAUAUAUAAAAUAAUUUUUAUUUAAUAUUUUCUUCUAAAUGUCUAAUAUUAAAAAAAAAAAAAAAAGAAAAUUAAUACUUACAGUGAUUUUAUAAUUAUUUAAAUAAUCUUUAAUAUCCACGAAGUACGAUAAACUUAAUAUUUAAAUAAUGAUAUUUUUGCGUAAACAUUGCACAGUUUCGUAACAUUCGUUAAAUGUAAAAUAAUUUUAUUUUAAUACUUCAAUACAAUACAAUUUUUAAUUCGAAAUCGUUGGCUUUAUUUAAUGUCAAUAAAAAUGUACUUUUGAUUGGCUUUGAUAAUUAUAGAAUCAGUUUUCUUUUAUAUGCAAAACGAGAAAACAUCAAAAAUUGCGCUUUCCAUAUGGCUAAACUGAAAUACUUUAUUAUUUUUAUAAUUUUCUAAUUAUUUUUAAAAUCCACCAUCUUUAACGUGCACGUAAUACAAUAAACUAAUAUUUAAAUGAUAAUAUACAUUCGUUUAAAAACAUUGAUACGUAUGAACAAAUCUUAAAGUUAUACCCUACCUUUUAUUUGAAGCGUGUGUGACUUCAGCGACAGCUACGGACAAAAUAUGAACUACGAAUACAAGAGGGGAACAUUACCCCCACCAUUGGUCUAUUGUAUCGGUGUAUAAGCUUGUGUUGACUUUUUCCCCUCUUAUGCGUAUAUAACAAUGGGUUUCGUGUAGGUAAAAUAAAUAAUGGACUUUUCAAUCUCUCAUAUGUAUAUUUUUUCUUUUUUCUUUUCUUUUUCUUUUUUUUUUUUUUGUAGCAUGCGUCUCGCAGUGAUGCAUGCUAGAUACGACAUCGAUACGCAUUUGUCAUACGAUAAAAGCAUAAAGAAUAAUAAAAUAUAAUUAACGCAUAUGAUAAUCAGUAUAUAAAUUUGCGAAUUAAAAGGAAUUAUCUUUGAAUUGAAUUAUAUCUUAUCUAUUUUAAAUAUGUAAAUGUAUUAUUGGCAAUUUAAAGGGUUAAUACUUUAAUGUUUAAUCAAAAUUAGAUUGAAGUGAUUUUAUUAAAAUACAGUGAAAUAUGCAGCCAUACGAUUGAUAAUAUUUGCGUUGCGUCAUUUAUCAUUAGGUUUCAAUAUAUCGCAAAUAUUAUCGUAGCUUAAGUUUCAUUACGCGGAAGUUGAUGCAUCUAGAGAACAUAUGAUCAAACGAUGACUCUAAAAUCCGUAUUAGCGAGAUAAUCUAAUCGAAUUUUCGAACAAAAUAAAACGAUAUCCCUGAUAGAAAUUUUAAUUACGUUCGCGAAUUACUUUUUUGUAUUCUCACAUAAGAAAGUAUUAAUUUAUAAGUUUACGCGUUUAGAGAGAGCGAAAGUUUUGAUGAUUACGCGUUAGAAUCCAGGAUCUUAAAUGAAGUUGUUCUUCUCGAAUUAAUUUCGAUUGUUCGAUUAACACAAUGUACCUGACAUCUGUCAUGCAAUAAAAAAAAUGUUUUCCUAAAGUACAAAUUUACAAGUGCAAUUAAAAAAUAAUAUAUAUCCUAUAUUUACAUUCAAAUUAUUCGUUAAUAGUAUAUUGUCAAUAUAAAAUGGAUAGAAAAUAGUUAAAAAACAAAGAAAAAAAAAAAGAAGAGAACUAUGGCAGAGUAAGUCACGUAUUAGUGAUUAAUAAUUAAUAUAAUUUUUAAUAUAACUCAAUUAUGAAUAAUCAAUAUAUAAGUCACAAUUGACAAUAGGCAUUUUUAUUUUUAAAUUUACAUAUGUGUAUAUAUAUAUAUAUAUAUAUAUAUAUAUGUAUGUAUGUAUAUUUAGCCAAAGGAAAACGAAAAAUGCAUCGCAAAAGAAAAUAGAGAUAGCAGAGGACCCUGGUGGGGCUGGGGAGGGUAAGAACACGAAGAAACGAAAGUCAAUUACGAAAUAUGAGUUUGGCAAACGAUGGUACCGUUUUCGUGUCCUGACACCGACUUCUUCAAUUUUACGUGGUUCCUUUGCGAUGAACGAUAGUCAUUUCAAAUACAGAAGCCGUGGUCGUCAAGCAGCACCAUGUUCAGUCGUCGCAAUCGUUUAUGGUCGAUUAUUUGAUCCUAAAGAAUGGAUACAGGAUUACGUAGAUCAAGUUAUUGAAUACGGGGAUAAGUUAUUUCGUAUAAGUAUGAUGAGAAAUCGCGUUAAGGAUAACGAGUACAUGAAAGCUACCCUAGUAUUUCCAGAAUUCUAUAUUGGCAAUUAUAAGAUUUUAAUUUGCAUCGAGGAGACCGGUAUUUAUGGUAAUCUAUUUAGCGAGACCAUAGGAUGUUCAGAUUUUUCCGAGGGGAUAAUAAGAUUCUUUAGCAACAAUGAUGCUGGGAUUAUUACUGCUCAAGGUACGUCAGUAGCAAUGUGGCGUCAUUCCGGCAUCGGUUUUUUAUAUUUUGAUCCUGGACCAUGCGGAGAGCAUGGUUUACGUCGUCAGGAUGGGGUUGCCUGUUUGCUCAGAUUCAAAUGCAUGAAUGACAUGCGUGAUCAUUUUCUAAAGAAUAUGAACAAAAGUUACGAUUCGAGAUAUUGUAUAGACAAAAUGAUUAUUUUACGAGUUAACGAGGUUGGUCGUGGUUACAUCGAUAAAAUUCCCGAUGAAACCGAUUUGGUAAUUGACAGAAGUGUUCUUAGAUCUAUUAAUCCCGUUGAUAUAGACGAAAAUAAAAUGGAUUGUACUAGGCCUGUUCCUAAAAGUGAAAGGGUUAAGGUAAUGCCAACUGCCAAAUUUCACAAAGAACCAUUGACCAUAACUAUUUCGAAUUAUAGUAUCGAUAAAAUGUUUGCUACGGAACCAUUGGUCGAUCUGAGUACUUUCGACACUGGUUAUCCUUACGAUAACAUGCAGGUUAAUAUACCUUCGUCCUUUCGAGAAUUACCUAAAAAAAUGGCAAUUCUUCAUGGCUUGACUCAUGAAGCCAGUGACAUAUACAAAGGUAAAGGUGGUCAAAAUGUGGCUAACUGUGUAAUGGCUAUUGCUAUGAAGAAGAUACAUCCUGUUAAAACUUGGCUGAGACCUAAAUUAGAUGAGAUAUUGGCAUUAGGUGAUCAACUUUAUGCAAGUGUUAAGACCGAAAAGCCUUUCCUCAAGUCAAUGACUGCUGCUGAUCUCGAUGACAAUUAUAUUCAAAUAGAAGAUCAUAAACUAGUGAUCGACGUUGAUCUGAUAACUAUUACUGGAACGGUUAGUUCGAAACUUCCGGAUAUACUUAAUUUAAAGCAAGGAUUACGUGAAUUUUUCUUGAUUAAUAAUGAAGGUAUCAUUGAAACUCCUAUGAUGGCUGUAGCUAUAUGGACUCAAGAUGAUUUUUAUUAUGCUUUCGAUCCACGUUAUUGCGAUAGUUUCGGUAAUAGAAUAAUCGAAGAAAAAGCUAAAGGUGGUAAAGCUGGUAACAGUAAUGCACAAAAACAAGUUCUUGGAAAAUGUUGCGUCAUAAGAUUUCCAGAAUCUGAUGAUCUCGCAGCAUGGUUUAUGAAAAAUCUUGAACAAACUCGAAAGAACGAUCGAUUUACCAUACGACACAUUACAAUACUGGAAGAUAUUCCUGGUACUAGAGCUUGGAAUGAUUUCAAGUCGGGAACACCAGGAGAAACUUGGAUUCUUCGUGGUGAAAUUUCUAACGAAGAUGAGUCAUUUGAAGAUAGUAAAGGUAUUCAAGGUUUGACUAUACCCAUAGUAUCUUUGAUUUAUGCCAAAGAGACACCACCAGCCAAAUGGACAAAUGAGAUUAUCGAUGAAGCUAUACGAGACGGUGACGAUUAUUACAAUUUUUGCUAUCCAUCGGAAAAAACGGAGGGUAUUCAGCGACCAUUUCUGAUAACCAGUUUGAAGAAAAAUUUUUAUUUAAAGAAUAGAAAAGUAAAGAUCGAAUUAGACGAUUCUAUUAUAGUUGGUGAUUUGAAUGCAACGCCCGGAGAAAAUGUAUUAAAUUUAGAAGAAGGAAUUAAGAAAUUCUUUGAGAAUUAUCAAUAUGGUAUAGUCGAGUUAGGUAACUUGGCUGUUGCGAUUUGGAAAUUUGAGGAUGAUAUGAAAUACAAGUUUCGCGAUAAAAACGAUGAAAAAGCGACGUAUUAUUAUUGCUUCGAUCCAAAUCCUCGUGGAAGAUUAGGUCAUACCCCUACAGCGGGGGCGGAAGAGGAAAACGUUGCUUGUGUGAUACGAACUCUCAGUCCUAAGGUUCUGUCUUCUUUUAUCGCAACAAAUGCUUUUAUACCACGGGAUCGUGGAACCGAAUAUUUCAUUCAUAAUUUGAAAAGUUUGUCUAUAGGAUUACCUAUGACGGAAGAAGAAUUAGAAAUAGAUAAGGAAACACCGGAUGAACCAGAGAUGUAUCAUUAUUCGAAAUUAGCCGACGGUGGUGCAAUAAUACAAGGUAGUUUCAAUCAAGCAAACGAAAAGAUGUUUAAGAGACAAAUGCGGGACAAACAACAGGCGGCGAGUUCUUUGGCUGCUUUAGCCAUGACGAAACUUUAUAAUCCACAUUUAUGGUAUCGUGAGGUAGUCGAUGAUAUAUUGAAGAUAGGCGAUAAGAUAGCAACGGAUAAUAUUAAUAAUUUACCAGAACCAGAUAUCGAAGAGGACACAAGAAAUUUUCUUACACCGAUUGAAUUAACUGAAAACUUUGCCAUUGGUGUUAAUCGUAUGAAUAUUAUUCUGGAAGAAGAUGAUAUUGUUGGUAAAUCCACCGAUAUCGGUAAACUUUUGGAACAAUUCUUUGAAAAUAACGUUAUGGGUAUAAUCAAACAGGACAAUAUCAUAAUGCCGGUCUGGAAAGAAAAAGAGAUUUUUUUCAUGAUGGAUCCUAGAGGUAGAGAUUCUCGUGGUGAACCAUCGGAUAAAGAUCCUGCCGCUGUAAUGUGGUUCACAGAUCUUGCAUCCUUGGUUGCCAAAAUUGGGGUAGGUUUGAUCGCCGAAAAGGAUAUAGCAAUAGAUAACGUGACUUUGAACAAUGUAUUUGAGACACGUCUUACUGAAACGGAACAUCUUAGGCGUACCACUUCUGGCGAUGAACUUUGGCAUCAUUUUCCUAAAUUUGAUGAUGGCGUUUGGAGUAUUGGUGGGAACGUCACGAUGACAGAUGCUAGAUUCGACGAAGCUAAUCGUAAUAAUCAGACUGCAGCUAUUGCCACAAUGGCUAUCAUUUUCUCCAAAGUAUACGAACCACGAUAUUGGAACACUGAUAUUAUCGACGAGGUGAUCGUUACUGGUGAUAAAUUACAUUCUAAAUGCGUCGAGAGACUUGGAGGGAUUAAAGCACCGCGUAUCAAUGAAAUCAUCACGGAAUUCUUUCUUUCUUCUCGUAGAAUCGAUUUAACGAUUAAAGAUUGUAUCGAGGCUGGCGAUCUUAGUGGAAAAAUACCUAAAUUACAAAACUUGCAAAGUGGAUUAGAUAAAUUUUUUAAAAAUUACGAUUCUGGUAUAUUAAUUGCGAAUGAUAAUCGACACAUACCCAUUUGGAAGUUCAAGAAUGUUUAUUACUCUCUUAUACCCGAUUGGAUCACUCGUACCGAAGAGGAAGAGACAAUAGCACCAAGAAUAUUUCGAUUUGAUAACAGUGCAACCUUGGUUGAAUAUCUAUUAAAACAUCUUGGAAAAGAAGGCGAUUAUGAGAUCACAGCGAUCGACGUUGUUGAUUGGAAUAAAUCAGCACCAUGGAAAUUUGAUCCCAGUCCAGCAAUACGUCCAUCGAAUUUACCACCAUUAAACGCUUAUCAUAGACUCCAAGGUGAAGCUCGUGCGAUUCUACGAGGAAAGUAUCAUCAAGGUGACGAUAUAUUUCCCGAAAUUUUACGUAACAGGCAAACCGCAGCGAAUUGUGUAGUUAGCCUUGGAAUGUCCGUAAUCAAGAAUCCCAUAACUUGGACGAAAAAAACGAUGAAUGAGAUUCUUGUUAUUGGGAGUAACGUUCAUCGUGAAACUAUGAAGGCAAAACCUAGAAAAUUGAGAUUGAUACCUCAGGACAUAAUUAGAAUCUUUUACGUAGGUGUCAAUAUUUUGACUGCAGAUAUAGAAUCUAAUACGGUAUCAGGUAUAGUUUCUAUACCCCCACCUGAACCUGAGGACAAGAAGAAGAAAAAAAAAGGCGAAAAGAAGGCCAAAAAAGCUGGUGGAAAAAAAGGUAGGCCUGUUAGGGUUCGACCUCCUCCGCCACCACCUAUUUUACUCGAGGAAGGUUUGAAAAAAUUUUUUGAAAACAAUCGCGCUGGAAUAUUGGUUACUGGCCGUGGUAUGAUAGCCAUUUGGAAAAACAAGGGUAUUUAUUUCAUGUACGAUCCUCGUGCACGUAACGAUCAAGGUCUUCCCGAUUUCUAUGGAUCCUCCUGCGUCAUGUGGUUCGCCUGCAUGGAACCAUUUUACGAAUUGAUCUUUGCUAACAUCGACGAACGAGAAAAAUAUGCUAAUUAUCAGAUCUCUCGCGUGAUAAUAAAAACGGUAAUGAUCGAACCAUUGCCUUGUCCUGCUGAUUUCCGUCCAUAUUUCGAUUGCAUAGCACCGCCAAUACCUGUUACAACGAUGAAGAGGACGACAACAUUGGCUGUUGAAAUUGUAACGGAUUAUAACAUUGUUGAUGAAGAACAAAGCGUUCUACGUGGUACUUUGCACAUGGGUCAUCGUAUAUUUGACGUAAAAAAUAGAGGACUCCAGAGUACUGCAAUUGCUGCAGUUGCCAUCGUAGUUGGUCUGUUACACGUUCCAUCUUCUUGGACACCGAAUCUGAUCGAUGCUGUGCUAAAAUACGGAGAUCUUUUACAUUCCGACAGCGUUCGUGCCGCACGUCCAGGUGCCAGAAAUCUCUCACCAAGCGAACUCUUGACUGUUUUCAUCGUAGGUGAUAUUCGUACUACCAUACACAUUCACAAUCACACCGCAGCUGGUAUAUUAUUUGUCUAUGAUUUAUCCGAAGCUUUAAAUAUGUUUUUUCGUACAAAUUGUGCCGGUAUAUUGCAUACUACCAACAUGGCUGUUGCUGUUAUGCAACAUUAUGGAAAAUUUUAUCUCUUUGAUCCGUGCUCUCGCAACGAACAGGGCCAACCCAAUUUCGAGGGUGCUGCAUGUAUGGUGAAAUGCGACAAUAUCAUGAGAAUUGCCAAAAUAUUCAUUACGAAUUGUAAUUUGAAAACACCCAAUGUUUAUACCUUAAAUGCGGUCAAUAUAUUGAGUUUACAUUUUUUCUCGGAUGCCAAAUCACCUUGUCCAUCUAAAUGUGAGCAAUAAUGUAUUGCCAAUGAAUAUAUUAAAUUAUGCGAAUGUAAUUUUAUGUAAAAUUAUGUUUAAUUAUAAAGGAUUUAUAGUAAUUUUUGUAAUAUUAAAUACCAUCGCAUUUC